AUGUUGCACCAUAUAGCUCUAUUGUCCACUGUUACUGUUUUGGGUGUGCUGGAACAAGCCUAUUUUGCCAUUCAGGUGAUCGUCUUUCGGAGGAAGUUCAAAGUCUCUCCUCCCAUCACUUCAGGCCCACCAGAAUUUGAAAGGAUCUUCAGAGCACAAGCAAAUUGCUCAGAAUAUUUCCCAAUAUUUCUCUCCCUCUUAUGGGUGGCUGGAAUCUUUUCCCAUCAAGUUUUGGCUGCCUUCUGUGGACUAAUUUACCUUUAUGCUCGCUAUCAAUACUUUAGAGGAUAUGCGCAUUCUGCUGAAAGAAGAUUGGGCCCCAUGUAUUUCAGCGCUGGAGUUCUUUUCAUUCUUAUUGGCUUGUCCAUAGUGGGAUUACUUGUCCAUUUUGUGCGAUACUUUUGAUUCCUUAAAAGUGCUUUGAAAUCAACCAUUCACC